AUGCUUUUGGAUCUGCAAUUUACAAUCCUGGCACUCGGUAUUGGUGUGGGUACCUUCUUCGCCGGUCUCUACGGCAUGAACUUGAAGAACUUCAUCGAAGAAAGUGACUUCGGAUUUCCACUGGUCAGCAUCUCUUGUGGCGUCUUCUGCAUCGCUGCCAUCGUUUGGGGCCUACGGAAGCUUCGAAAGGUACAGCGACUCAGUAUGUGGGGCGAGAGCGGCAGUCUUUCGCCAGAAAACACUGGCCGUCGCGGUCGGGGCAGCUGGAGAGAGAUUGAUCCUCAAAGCCAGCUGUCUGGCGAAAGCAGAGUCGACCGGACUGUGCGCUGGAAACAAGACCAGCGAAUGAGCAAGAUGCAGGAAGGAUCUACGGAGCUCUAG